CGUCGGUCGUGGUGCUGCUGCCGCGGAUUUCUGAGUGGAUUUUGUCUCUGAAGGUGGUUGUGAGGUAAUGUGGAGAGCAGUUUGGACAGGAGACUGUAGAAUCUAGGUGCAAGCUACCACAGUUCUUUCCGUCCUGGACUCCAUUUGCUUCUCCCAGGUCUACUUCCAGAGUCUUUCACACAUUUCUGAGAGCAGCAGACAAUGAAUAAAUACCUAGGGAUGGUGUCAUUUGAGGACGUGGCUGUGAACUUUACUUGGGAGGAGUGGCGGGACCUGGAUGAUGCUCAGAAGAUACUAUACCGGGAAGUGAUGCUGGAGACCUACAGUAGCCUGGUGUCUUUGGGGCUUUCCAUUAACAAACCUGAGGUGAUCAUCAGGUUGGAGCAAGGAGCAGAGCCAUGGACUAUAGAAGAACCCCCAAACCAGAUCUUCUCAGCGUACUCAUCCCCCUACAUCCCACUGCCUCUGACAGCCCGGGAAGUAGAAGAGUCUCAGCUUAACCACAGCAUUUGA